AUGGCGGGACUGCACUCAGAGAACAUUUCUAUCAACUCGACAAGGCUGCUCGAGCAGAGUUCGUCAGAGAAGGACAUCUGCGUGUUCUGUCUCCGCCGCGCCACCCCCUCCGCCUCCGACCCGCAUGCGCCGCUCUUCCCCUUCUUCUCUCUUGUCGACUGCCGCCACUACGCAUGUCAGCCGUGCGCUCUCGUCCACUGCGACAAUGCAGGCCGCCUCAUAUUCUGUCCCAAGUGCCACUGCGUCUCUCGCUUGGCGCAGUCGGGUCGGCGGCGCACGCGCAGUGCCGCGGCAGCCACCGAUGCCGAGGUGGACCGCGUGACCAUCGACGACGGCGUGUCGUCCACCCGUUCUCGCCGCACCCGCACUGGCACCACGCCACACCGCAGUGCUCUAAAGGGUAAGAGCGGCACCUCGAAGAGACGCGCAAACUCGGUUCAGUUUCCGACUAAUCCGACGACAUCAAUCGUGCCCGGAGAUGGUCACGGCGACGCAAGCGGCACAGCGGCGGUCUCAACAGAGGCCGACAGUGCCACUGAAGAGCACCGUCAGCGCAGGGCGUUGUCACCCUUAACGCAGGACGCCGUUGACGCCAUCCCACUCGACCCAGUCGAAGCACGACGCCGACGGUCUCGCGAGCAGCAGCAGCUCCGCGCCGCUGAAGCCGCCGCCAAGGCAGAGAAAGCGGUAAGUCUGUAUGCUAUAACAGCCGCGCCCCCUAUGCCAUCUGCCUCCGCCGCCUCGGGCACCGCCGCCAACGAAGGAUUCAAGAAGACGAAGGACCGCUCGCGCUCGCAGCCGGUGCCAAAGCUACCAAACACAAUCCUGGAGCCGAAGCAGGAGUACCCGCUGCCGCCUCCACUGGUGCUGCACACAGUGGAGGAGGAGGAAGCACGUGCCUCUGCAGCAACCACCGAAGAAGAUGAGAAGGCAAAGAACAGUGCAUCGGCGUUGGCGCCGCGGCAGGUGGAGAAUGAAGUCGAGGCAGCCAUGGUGGCACCGAAGGACGAGUCAAUUGCUGCUAGAACGUUGUCAACACCCGCCGAUCUCACCGAGGAGCUCGAGCAACCGCUGCAACUACUGGACGACUGCCAGAACAACGAAGCUGAAGAGCGCAGCGUCGUUGGAGACGCUGAGGCACACGAACGCGCCGCGCUGAAGCAGCAGAUGGAAGAGGAAGACACGGCCAUUCACGCACGCCGAGGACUGGUGGUGGAGUUUGAUUCAACGCCCAUCCCGCUCCAGCAACAACAGUCAACCCCGCGUCACCAGGACUCACAUCACAGUAACGUCGGCUCCCUCUCCGUGGGCGACUUCGCCGACCAGGUCAGCGGCACGUCCGAUGACGAGCUGUCGCAGCGAGCAUGUGAGCACAAGUCGGUCACCGGCAGCAACAGUACAAGCCGUCGGCGACGUCGCACAUCUGCCAAUGGCACCUCGGAGCCCCGGCCGCACUCGCUUGAGAAUGGGACCUACGAACUAGACGCGAAGGUAGAGAAGGAUGGACAGGUGAACGCUGCCGGCACUCCUGGUAGUGCCAUCUUCAGUGUCAGGAAGUCCGUCACGGGGUCGGGCACGACCGAGGAUACGCUCUCACCCAUGACCUCCGCACGCCAAGCUCGUGUCUCGGCCGGCGAGGAAAGCGAGGAUGACGGGGAGCGGGUCUCCGUCGUGGCUUUGUCAGGCAAAGAAGAUGUAGUGAAGCUCGACGCGGCCAGGGCGGCGGAGGCGGAAGCGACGGCUGUGAUGGAGGCACUGGCAGCCGCUGCUCGAGCUGCAGAAGAUGUCAGAGUCCUUGAGGCGCAAGAAAGGGAGCGGCAGCGGCAGCGGCAACGGGAAGAGGAGGAGCACCAACGUCAGCGCCGCGAAGAACACGCGUCCUUUGCUCGUCACGCCCUGCAAGACCGCGAAGGCCUAGCGCGAGAAGCGCUGGAGGAGGCGGAGGCAGCUGUGCGUACGCACUACGAGCGCGGCGCUGACGAAUGGCUAAAAGCGGCGCUGCCGUAUGAGCUGGAGGCGCAGCGGAGAGCCCGUGCAGCAGCGGAGCACAGACGUCAGCAGGAGCAGCAACAGGCACAGUUGACAGCGGAAGAAGGUCUCGACCGGGACGAAGUGGAAGAGGCAGAAGCAAACUCGUGGUCGUGGCUGCUCUCAGGUGCUCGCGUUGACCGUGUGGUGGCGGCGACUGAAGAGGGCGACCGCGUGCAGAGAGAGUACGAAGAGCUGCGCUGUGAGCGGCUUCUGCUCCAGUUCCGUGAAGACACUGUAGAUCUUGUUCACGAAGAGGAGUGCGGUCGAGCCUCCUUUGUUGAGUACGAGGCCGCGAUGCGCAGUAUCCUGCAGAGUCACCACGCGGCGCAACGGCAGGUGCUUGCGGAAGGCGAGCAGCGGCAGAAGGCUGAGUUUUUCAAAAAAGCUGCAAUGCGUCGCGAGGAAGCGCGUCGCCAGCGCUGGCAAUGGGAGCUGGAUGAGUUAGAUGCGGACGAGGUGGGCGACCGCACGAUACUGUGCGAGGUGGAGAGGGAAGAGCGGCGCACGGCGAGCCUAAUGUUUCUGCAAAGACUGGCAUCCAUACGGCGAAAAGGAGUGUUGUCGCUGGACGAAGUUGUGGUUGCUGCGGCCGCCGCUGCCGAAGACCCUGGCGGGUCCUCUAUUUUGUCCGACGCGCCAACCAUGAUUGCUGCGCAUGCGCCUCGUCGCGUGCAGCAGCGGAAGUCCAUCACCGCCGCUCCGCUGAUGACUGAGGCGGAUGGAGACGGUGACAAUGGCGACGCCGAUGUAACCCGUGCCGCGACACCGCCGCAGCUCGGCACUCCGCUCAUUACACUGGAGCAGCUCGCGGAACUGCGUGCAAGCGAAGCUGCGUACGCCGCUGAGCUGCAGGCUGCCUUGGAGCGCCUCCAGGAAGCCGAACGGCGUGUUGCCGAGGAGGCGGCCAUCCGCGCGCAAGCACAACAGGAGCGCCAAGAGAUACACGCUGAGUCGCAGCGCCUCUUGCUGGAGGCUGAACAAAGAGCUGAGCGACGCAUCCGCGAGGCACGUGAUGCGGCAGAGCAGCUGCUGCAGGCACGGCUUGACGACUUUCGUGACGAGGCGGCCCGCCGCGCUGAGCACGCGGCGGUCAUGCAGGCCCUCGCUGAGGAGGAGAAGCGAGCCGUCUUGGAGGCGAAGCUGCAGGCUGCGCAGCGUCAGCUGGACGAGGCGCAGCAGCGAGCGCAGGAGGAGGUACGCCGUGCGCGCGAAGAUGCGGCGGAGAUGGCAGCUGCCGACGCCGCCCGUGCUGCCCGCGAAGCUCAGCGCCGCGAGGAAGAGUGGCAGGAACGGAGCCGUGCGGAGCACCUCCUGCGGCUAGCUGAACAGGCGAGCGAAAGGGAAGAGGCGAUUCGCCGCCUUGCUGAAAUCGAGACGCGCGCCGCAGAAGCGGUCCAAUUGGCGCGUGAGGAAGCCGCACGGACCGCCGCAGAGGCACAGGAGCGGCUGGCUGACAUGGUGCGGAGACAGCAAGCGCGGGAGGCGGAGGUGCAGCUCGCGGCGCAGCGCGUCCGUAGUGCUCGUGACAGCCUGCGCGAGUUCGACUCGUGUAGUCAGUCGUCGCUGCACACGACCCCAUCCAGGACAGCCCAGCCAGGUUCAAGACCUGCACUAGACAGCAGCGACCAUGGGGUACCAAGCCUAGCCGCUAGCUCCUCAGCCCACGCCUCGCAAGCGGCAGGAGCUGUGACAUCGCAAGCGUCUGCACACACUCCCUUGCAGACCCCGCCGCUGGCUCCGUCCUCGCCCCGCACAUCCUCGGCGAUACAAGGUCAGUCAUCGACGCUGCGCUCCACCGUAAGGGUAUCAGCAGCAGAGGCAGAAGCGCAUAUGAGCCUAUCUGACGCGACCCCUCCGCGGGUGGUUCUCAGCUCACAGCACACACCUCUCUCUUCGGUUGUCGCACCAGGCCCCGAACGCGGCGGACCUGCCGUGCCGUCGUCCUCCGCAUCCGCUGCGGCCGCCACCACCAGCCUCACCGCGAUAGACCCGGCGGAUAUCAUUCGUGUCGCCAUCCACUCUGCCGUUCAGGAAAUCAUCGAGGCGCAGCGACGGACACAAGCACUGCAGGAUCGAGCUGAGAAGCAGGUCGAGCUUAGCGAGCACCGCUACCACCGCCGCAAAGGUGAUCGCCUGCGUGCCGCACGGGACGUCGAGGUUAUCGAGUCCUCUUACAUUGCAAGCGAAGAGAACGAGAGUGAGGAGCGACGCCACCGAUGGCGACCAUGGACCCAGCAGUUGCACCAGCAGACCCGGCAGCGCCAACCAAUGCGCGACUACGAGCACGAAAACCGCGCCGCCAGCUUGCGCACGUCAGAGGAACACCUGCAGUCGGCUCGCUCCUCUCGCGACGGCUACGCAGAAGAAGUGAGCGAAAGCCCGUGGACACGCAGCGCCUCCUCACCCGCAUCACGACGGUCACCGACGGGCGCGCCACUGCCAACCGCCUCCUCUGCCGCCGCGGCCGCGGUCCCCAGCUCGGUAAGCAGCCACACGCUGCUCAGCACGUCGUCUGUGUACUUUGACAACAGCUACCGAGCCUUGGCGACGGCACGUGGCGCGACGCGCCCGUUCUAUGGGCGCUGCAGCUACGACUGUCCUCCCGCCCAACCACAGCAGACGCAGCAGCCCUCGGCGUCCUUUGCGCCGUACAGUGCGGCGUCACGCGUUCUGUUUGGGCCUCGCGUGGGGCAUCCGGUCCGCGAGGUGCGGCCAGACAUAGACCGUAACGAUGUUUCUGCCCGGAGCAUGCCUGUCGGGGUCGAAGCGCAUGCGUACCCGCGCGCCGCCUUGCAGCAACAGCAGCGGUACGCCACCGGGGCAACGCAGCCCCCUCCUCCUCCUCGGCAACUGUCCCUUCAGCCCACCAGCGCCACAGCAGCAGACUCUUCAGCGGCACACGCCUACAACGACCCAGAGCCGCUUCCACCAGCGUCGGCGGCGAUGGAAUAUUCGCCACCGCCUCGCCGUAGCGCCACACGUGCCGCAGUGGAGGUGGAGUUGCAGCAGCAGCAGCAGCAGCUGCCUCGGGCGGCAGGUGCGGGCGCUAACGGGAGUAGUUGUGACGGUAUCGGCGCACUCCCACAGCCGAGUCGCAUGUGCCCUCGCUGUUACCGCACAGAGACCACAUCCCCAUGCUGGCGCUGCGGAGAGAUGAUCUGCCGGCACUGUGGCUUGCCACCUGGCUCAGCACGGCAGCUGUGCUGCACAGCGCACCACCGCGCGCAGCUGCGUGAAUUUACGCGCCGCAAGACCUACGAGAGCGGCAAUGCAGCGGCCUCCGCCAGAACUGGCAAGGUGCCGUCGUCCCCGCCGCCUCAGCAGCAGCCGCAGCAGCAGCGGCGGCUUCGCGGAGAGCAAGAGGUGCAGACUUCCUUUGUUUUCUCGAAAACCAGCGUUCGAGGCGACAAUGCAGCACCCUUGGCAGAUGAGUCAGCCACGCGGUUUGACGCGGGCACUUCACCACUCACGAGCCCUUCGCCGCCGUGCUUGAUACCCCCAUCAGCGUACCGCGCGCCGCAGCAGCACCAACAACCGCAGGUGCGACAGCACUACCCUAGCGCUUACCCACCCUUCACGACGACGGGGCCUGCGGCACUGUCGCAGCAACCAGUGUACUCGCCAGGCUACCAUUCGGCCGCAGCAGUGUACCCAUACGUGUACCCUUACUCACUGCAGAAACAGCACCUGUUUCCCCCCUACCAGCUGCCAUUCUACACCGACAGCGAGGGACCUCAUGCGAUGCCUCCACCGCUGGACCCGCACGCGCCGCCAUUCAGUCAGCGUCAGCUUUCUGCCCCAUUGGGCUACUCGGUUCGUGCCGCAACGGCAGCGCUGGGGUGCGCUGCCGUCGACGCCAGUGGGGCUGGCUUCGCAGCAAGUAUGACUCCGUCCGAGGUGAAACAGCAGCAGAAGGCUGCAGUGGCGUCAUCAGGGGCUUGGACAGCGCAGGAACUGCCCCCGUCGGCGAUUCAACCGGCGUCUGUCCGCACCACCACCAUGCCUCCUGCUCCGCCUGCAGGGCUAACCCAGUCGCCGCCACCUUCGACGCUAUCUCCGUCGCAGCAGAAAGCCAGUGAGAGCAUGGCCCUCCAUGGUACCGAAGGCAGAGCCAUGGUGGUGGUGCCAACGGCACCCGCAGCGGCGGCCAUGGAUAGCACACCGUAUGAGCAGGUGCAACGACAACACCCUUCCUCGACACGGACGGAUGAGGGUCGCACAAAUGUGGAGGCGAAGGUGCCAGGGGCGACUGGGAGCCAUACCUUGCCGAACGCGAUCAUCGCUUCAGCCACAACUAGAAGUGCGGCAGCAAGCAUCAGCCUGUCUGGUCGCGCGUCGGAGAAGCAGGGCGGCACUAGAACACCCGUGGAUGCUGCGUCGACCUCGUGUGGUGGCGCUGGUGAAGAAAACGACAGCGAUGGCACGUCUCGAGCGACCACCGGCGCCACCGCCGCAGAGGCUCUCGAGGAGCCCAAGACAGAGCGAAAGAAGACCUUCCCAGCGUUCUUCGUGUCGCUUGGCGAUGGCAACAGCGCUGCAGAACCGCGGCGGCCGAAGCCGCCAACGCCGCGGAACUUCGUGCCGAGCCUGUUGAUGCCGACGAGCCUGGCAGGGGUGCCGCCGUCUAAGAAGCAGCGGCGGCGAACCUCGCCGUAUGGCGUGCUGCUCACAUCGCAGAGCCGCAACGAUGGGCAGAUGGCCCAUUACCAGCAUCAGCGCCGCAAACUAUCUCCGCUUCAAGCGCACGAAAGGAACUGCCCACCUGAUGCUCGCAAGAGCGUCAGCCCAGGUCGUGGCUUUGGCGCGCAGCGCCCCCAGUGGCAUACGUCCCCGAGUCCGUACGAGCAAGCGCCAAACGAGAGCGGCGCAAGAGACGUGCGGCGGAAGACGCCGGUCUAUCCGCCACCGCAGCAGCCGCAGCGGCAGCGUGCCCAUAUUAACGGUACGGCGGCUGUCAUGACUAAGUCUAUUAAAUCCUACAUCAAGUCUCUCUCUCCCGUGGUCGUGGUGGAUGAGUCUGGCACUCCGAUUGUGUACGAGGACGUAUGUAAGGCGGAGUCGGACAGUCAGCGGAGGCAGCAGCAGCAGCAGCAGCAGCGGUGGCGACCGCAGGAAUGGAGCGCCACUACCGCCCAAGCCAUUCAUGACAUCUACCUCAGUAGUGGCGGCAUCAGAGGUGGUGUGGCCGAUGGUAAGCGCAACCACCCUGAGUCGCACCAUGACCGCAGCAAGCUGAGCCGCUACUACGUAGAGGCACUAUCGCAACCGCAUGAUCCCUCGCAGCAGCAGCAACACGAGCGCUCGUCUCGUAGUGAGUCCUACUACCCACACUUCACUUCACCUGGCGUAACAAGCGAGACACAGUCUCAACCUCCUCAUCAGCAGCAACAGCAGCAUCUUUACGCGCCAUCACAGCCGCACAUACCCACCCACAUCGCCUACGCUGCCUCACUCGCGGAUCGCCGUGUGCCGACGCUGGCAGAGCUGGAGAAGCGCUUGCAGCAGCUGCGGCAGGUGGACGAGUACGAGGCUUCUCAAUAUCAUCGUCGCCAAGUGCAGUAUGCGCAUCACCACCAGCAGAAGCAGCCACACAUUCAUGUGCUUCUUCACAACCCUGGAGCUGUGGCGAUGGGUAGCCAUACCGGCGAAUUCGUGGCGGCAUCCUCGUACGCUACUCGUGAAGUAGCGCAGCCGCAGCAGCGACGCCACAGCAGCGCAACAGGGAGGCAUCCACAACAACGCACAGUGUCGCCACCCUGGCGAACGGACCUGAACUCGUCCCCGGUGCGGCCGCGGUGGGACAUCAGCCAGCCUCGCUCGCCCAUUUACCACCCUGCGCCGGCAACGACGGCUGGCAAUUGA